AUGACUCUAAACGGCCCUCUCUCAGAGGCCGAUGAGUCAAAGACUGUCGAUACUGCCUCGACCAUGACUUCGACUCUGUUGGCCUCAAGUCAAGGUGAUGAAACUCAUGAUGGGAAUGCUGGCCCUGGUGAACUUGGCACUGUAGCCGAAGAUGAUGGCAAGCCUGCCGCGCAAGGAGUUGCUAGAUUCGUCGACGAUAUCGAGACUCUAAAGAGGAAGAUUCUCGAACUUGAACAACAAGCUAAAGCCGCUUCAUCGACAAAGACUGAACAAGAAAAUUCGCCAUCAGAAAUAGAAACCGAAAGAGAGCAAUACAAACGAAUGGAAGCUUGCCUUUAUAAGCACCGAAAGGAAUGGGAGGUGAAUGGAGGGCCUGGACAAUGGAACUUGUGGUCAUACAACGACUAUUUUAGCAGCGGAAGAAUGGAGCGCCGCUGGCAUCUUAACAACGAUGAACUUUACGAACGACCAGAUCCUUUCAAUCUAUCUCAUGACUGCGAGGAUAAAAAAGGUGAUUCGAAGGCUGAUGCCUAUAAAGAGUAUGACCGCGAUAUCGAUUAUGGGUAUCGCCGUGAGCGGCUCCGUAAGAACUUUGAAUGGGACAUGGAUCGCCUCUACCUAGUAGAAGAGUCAGAAAAACGAAAGAGACAGCAAGCCCCGAUAGACGCCAAACUUGAGAAUGCUCAGAACGCUGCACCCGGCAAAGACGCAGAGCGGGUCUUUGCAGAGCCGAAGCUCACUCGGGUGAGCUGGGCGGCAUUCAAAGGCAUGGAAUCAACGACGGAGGAACUAUCAUGCGCCAUUGAUAUUCUCAUAGGCGAUCCUGUUAUCGAUGAUGAUGCCAGAGAUCACCGGCGAUGGUAUGGCUAUUCGAAUUGGCAACCGCGCAAGGCGGAAAUUGCUCGGGAUGGCAAGAUGCACGAAACGAAUGAAGAUGGUCAAGGGGCCCUACCUGAGAGAAUACGAAUCCACUCAACUAUCCUUCGUCAUAUCCUUGCCACUAUUCUCGUCCCAAACGGGGGCGAGGUAUUGAUUAACUCAGGGUAUCCUUCGAUAGUCUUUGUUAGACCUUUCAAGGCCCUCUUCUUUUGCAAGCCCGCGCUACUUGACUGGUACACAGCACUUAAAAAGAAGCUAGAGGAAGAGAAGAAUAAACCAGCCGUCACAGAAGUGUCGAAUAUUGAGGGUGAUGCUGGUACUGGUAAACCAGAAAACGACCCCGGUUCGGUAUCGGUUGUACAGGAUUCCACAGUCGGAAAGCCUAUUGCAGAAGAACCCACGACUGAAAAGCUAGUGGAACAGACUGAAGAAAGAAUUGAAGACAGUGCCAAGGAAGAAGCGAACACAAAAGAAGAGAAGGUAGAGGCCGGGGAAACAGAAAAAGAGAAUACCGAGGAAGAAAAAGCUGAAGAAAAAGAGACAGAGGGAAAAAAAGCAGAAGAUGACGAGGACGAGGACGCAAAACUUGACAACUUCACAAAAUCGCCGGCUGCACUGGAGCAUAUAAGUUGUCUUUUAGAGUUCAUCGACUCAGACGUUUCCAAGAGGUUUUCCCGUCUCCAGGAACCUGAUUGUCGCAAGGUAUUCUUCUCAGAUCUUUGGUAUCUUUUCCGACCAGGCAUGGAAGUCAUUGGAAGUGAUGGCAAACAGGCAUACAGAGUCAUCAGCGUCGCUAGCGCAAAGCAUCGAGUUGCUGCACCCUGGGAGAGGUGGUAUAACAGCAUUACAGAUGACAAACGCAAGACGUCACCUUUCAGCAUCACUUGCAUCUAUAUCGACUUUGACGGGAAGAAUAUCGGUCCAGUAACUAAAGUCUUUGACUUCAAAAGAUUCGACGGUGAGAAGGACAUUACUUUACUAGAAGUUUAUCCGCUUCAAUUUCACCCUGUCAAGCAAUCCGACUUUGACGACUCGCUGUGGCCUGAAGUUGAACCUCUUCCGCCGAGCCAGAGGUAUAGACGAAAGCUGAUACAAAGGGGAGCCAUGUUUCUGGAAGUUGCUGCCGUCAAGCACAUGUACUACGCUGGGCCGACACUGGAAGUGCGCGAUGAUGUUGAAGGGCAAGUUGUUAUCGACUUUGAAACAGCCUUUUCGGUGGAAGACGAAACCCAGAAGCAGUGGAAGCCAAUAUUGCAGCCUCUAAUUGGGAAUCCUGCCGUGGAGGAAGAUGAAGAUGCGGCCGAUACUCGUUGCCGCGGACGCUGCUGCGAGGGCGACGUUGUAUACGACGACACUCAUAUAGAUGACCAGCAAAAAACCGAGUACCUUAACGGUCUUUUACCUAAGAUGACAGCUUUGAACGAGCAACCUUCUCUCGCCCUUUUUCCACGGUCGUUGAAAGAGCUAAGGGCUGGCCCCGAGAAUGUCCCUUAUGCUUCAGAUGAGGAACUGGUCAUCAUGUCUUAUCGUGUGUUUGGCUUUGUUCUACGAAACCGAAAAUGGGCCAAAUUGGACCUCUCCUACAUGACCGCCAUACAUGCGCCAGAGGUAUCAGCUGUGUUGGCCGAUGAACAAGCACGCAACAGUAGUGGCAAUAAGAAGCCAAAAACCGCCUUUGAUCGGCUUGUGAUUGAGAAAGAGCACAGAUCCAUGAUUGUGUCACUUGUUGCCCAGCAUUUCCGAGACAAGAAAUUAUCGAGUGGACAGCAACAGCAGUUUGACAUUGUCAAAGGCAAAGGAAAGGGAUUAAUUUUGCUUCUUCAUGGCGCGCCCGGAGUGGGUAAAACCUCGACUGCAGAGGGAAUAGCAGAACUUUUUAAGAAGCCGCUGUUUCAAAUUACGUGCGGUGAUCUCGGUACAACGGCAGCAGAAGUCGAAAAAGCUCUGGAAACUAAUUUCGCACUGGCAAAUCGAUGGGAUUGUAUCCUUCUUCUCGAUGAGGCAGAUGUAUUCUUAGCUGCAAGAACGAAAGAAGACUUUGUACGGAAUGGACUUGUAGCGGUUUUCUUGCGUGUUAUGGAGUAUUAUGCCGGAAUUCUCUUUUUGACCACCAACCGCGUUGGAGACUUUGACGAAGCCUUUACGUCUCGAAUUCACAUCAGCUUAUACUACCCAGAGUUGGAUGCUGGCAAAACUCUCGAAGUCUUUGACAACAACUUGGCCAUGAUUGAAGACAGGUUCGCUAAGAAAAACCGACUUAUCAAUAUUGAGAACACAAAGAUUCGCGGAUUCGCUGCCACCCAUUUCCUCCAGCACAAGGAAGCUCGCUGGAACGGCCGCCAGAUCCGCAACGCUUGUCAGACAGCGCUGGCCUUGGCCGAGUAUGAAGCCCAGGGCAACAGUCAUGAGGCUAUUCUGAAGCCCGAUGCCCUUGUUAAUCUCAACGAAAGACAUUUCGAAAUUGUACAGAAUGCAUACCUCGAGUUUGCCGAUUACAUGAACAAGCUAUACGGUAUUGGCGCAGCACAGCGGGCCAAGGAAGGUCGACUACGAGCUGUCUGGAUCGACGAGAACAACAAUAUUGUAGACACUUCUGGGGCAAACAAUCGAGGGCAAGACAAGAAGAAAGCCUUUCUCAAUUCAACACAAGUGCAACUACCACAGCAACAGACGUUUAUGCAGAAUUCAUCUCCACAGCCACAGCAAUACAUCCUACAACAACAGCCCCAGUACUCUCAGAAUUUCCAACAGCACCAGGAUCUGCAGCAGCAGCAGCAGCAGCAGCAACAGCAACAACUGUUUCAGCAAUUUGGCCUGCCACAGCAACAAUAUCAGCACCAGAACAUUGUUUCCCCGCAGCCUGUCUACCCUAACUCGAAUCAAAUGCAGAUGCAAAUGCAGUUGCCAAACGUUCCCAUCAACCAGCAGCAAUGGAACAAUAGAGUCGACAAUACAAGCAAUCCCGCGUUCCAGAGUCCUACGUUAGUGCAGGACCCCAUGCAGAUUCCGCGGUCCAUAGCACAACAGCCGCCUUUGUCGCUAUCACCACCGGCAGUGCAGCAGCCGCAGCAGCAAUCAAUUGCACAACAACUUGGCCAAGGCAUCCAGAGCAUGUACACAGCUUCAUCUACUCAGUAA